CCCAGUUUCUUCUAUGUGGGCUCUGCUGUUUCUGUUCUGCCCAGGUAUUGGCCUUGGGCUGGAUCUCUUCUCUGUUUCCUCACCCUAAAAGUGGAACUGUUUUCUUCAGGGUGCUGUCCUCUGCUUCCUGCCCUCUCUGUUCCUAUUGAGGGACUCUGAAGCCAUGAGUGCCAACCCACAAUGGGAUGUCAGCAAGGCUUUGGCUGUGGCCCGGCUCUUCUACCUUUUGUGUGGAGCCAGAGAUGCUUGUGUGGCCCCUUUCCUGACACUCUACCUGAGGCAGCUGGGCCUUGCUGCCCCCUGGGUGGGAGUCUUAAUGGGCGCUAAGCACUUGAUUGCCUCCACGUGGGCUCCAGUGUGCUCCUUCCUGGCCAAAAACUAUCGGAAGAGGCAAUUGCUUCUGACAGGAUCCCUUCUGGGCUCCGCAAUUGCUGGGCUACUUCUGACCCUUGUGAGUCCCCUGGACAAGGAUAUGGUGUAUCGUUAUUGUAACAGCAACAAGAGCCUGGCUGCUACAGGGGUGGCACUCCAAGUGAUGCUCCCUGUCAGUAUAGCCCCAAACCAUUCAGCUAGAGUAACAAGCUUUACAAGAUUCAAACAAGAAUUGUCCUCUGGUUUCCCAGUUAGACUGCUCAGGAAUGCCAGAAAAAACAUCCUUCAAAAAGAACAUUUUACAUCCCUGUCUGUCCUUCCAGGCGUCUACUUUGAGAAAGCUAGGGAAACCAUCCAGGAAACAGCCCCUCCUCCAAUGAAUGAAGUGCUUGAAGUGGAAACCUCCCCCAUGAAGAUACAAAGGAGUCUAAUUAGCCCUUCUAACUCAGAGAUAAUGAUGGGGAAAGGUGAUUCCUGGAACAGCGUAUUUGAAACAACAAGCCCUGCUUUACCUCUGCUUCAUGUGGACUCUGAACUUGAAACUCCAAGUAUUAAGGGGAAUCUGUCACUAGCUGAGAAGACAGGAGCCCAGGAAAAUAGUUUAGCCCUGUCUUUGGAAGGACAGCACUGGAUUUUUCUUCUUUCUAUGAUGGUGGUGCUGUUCUGGGAACUUUUGUCUGCCCCUCUGGGGCCGGCCACUGCUGAUAGCCUCUACGAAUACUUGGAUUUUGUGGAUGCCACUGACUGCUACAGAAGACUCUGGGUUUGGAGAUUGCUUGGCGCGUCUAUAGCAGUGUCCACUGUCCCAGUCUUGGUGGGUCAGCUAAACUGUUUCCUGACAGGAGACACCCCUCGGGCCGUAGUGUACUUCUAUGUCUACACAUUGCUCAGCAUAUUGGCCUUGCCAAUUAGUUUUGCUAUUCCUAUUCCUAACUCUAAGAGGAGGGAACCUAGCCACAAAGCCAUCAAAACACUGAGCCUCAUCGGAAGUGACUGCCUCCUUGUCCUGCUGGCUGUCACAGUUUUCCUGACUGGAGCUGCAGUGGCUAAUGUAGAGAAUUUCCUCUUCUGGCAGAUGCAAGACCAAGGCAGCAAUGAUUUGAGCAUGGGGCUCUCUGUCACCCUCAGUUUGAUGGGAGAGAUCCUACUGCAUCCUUUCAAAGCUAAGAUGCUCAAAAAUCUGUCUAGUUUGGGUACAUUGGGCCUGGGGCUGGGCUGCCUUUCUGGGCAGCUUCUGUAUUAUGCUUUACUUUGGAACUGGUGGGCAAUAUUUCCUGCUCAGGUCUUUGGUGCCAUAAGUAAUGGAGCUCUGUGGUGGGCAGUGGAUGCUUUAGUGGAAGACCUGGUAAUUCCUGGCACAGAAAGACCUCUGAGUGUGAUGCUGAGAGGCCUCUUUUAUGGGAAUGGGGCAAGUUUAGGGAGCUUUGUAGGGGGUUUUGUGGUAUUUCAUUACAGUCUGGCUGUGCUAUAUAAGACUUACUGUGUGGUUCUGUCCCUUUGGUUAGUUUUGUUCAUGGCCAUCCAAUCAAAGAUCCCCCAACAGAGAAAAAUCAAUUACUCAAAAAUAUUGGCCAUGGAUACUGCUGAUGUCAGUGAUUCUGAGGAAGGAGCUGAACGAGACUGGCUUAUCAAAGCCAUGAGAGAUGAAUAUUUGACAGGAAGGGCUGAAAACAAAUAUUAAUUCUAAUGAAAUGCUUUACCCAGGAAAAGAACCAGUUUGCUGUUGCUCAAAAUUAAUUGUUAGAAGGCAAAAUGAAAGAUUUGUCUUGGGUUGCAGGAAGUUCUAAGAGAGCUUGGUUUUGUGCCAGUGGAUUGAUAUAAUCAUCCCAUUUUCUAUUGUAUAAUUUCAU